CCUCUUGUGAAGCUGAGAAGCCGGUCAUUCGUCAAACAGCCAAGAUGGGCUGGGUGGUUGUUGCACCCGGGUGUUUUACGAUGCAACCCAAGGCUGUGCUUUCGGUCUUCCUCAAGGACCACUUCCUUGGCAUGGUUCUUCUUGAAGGAAAAGAGGAGCCAGAGGUAGCCCGGACAUGGGCACACUACGUGGCCCAACCGGACUUUCAAGAUAGAGAGAAUGUGGUGUAUGCGAACAAAGCCGAGCGGGUGAAGGGCAAAUUUUGGCGGUUCUUCAAGCUGGCGGAAGGCAUUGAUGAUGCAACAAUUGCACGGCACUUUGAGGCAAGUGUGAAGAAGGCAUUGUCUGAGAUGUUCUAUCACGCGCGUGUCUACGCCGUGAGGAAGUACUAUGCCGAAGUGAAGAAAGAGAAAUUGGACAAGGCACAAUAUAUCGUGACACAUCUCGAGCACGAACAGUACAUGCAGGUUCCUCCGCACUGGUGCGUCUCGCACUUAAAUGCCUGGAAGGCACUGGUGGACUCGUGGUGCAGCCCGGAGUACGUGGAGACUCACGGGCUCCUUAGGGAGAGGAGGCUGGCAAACCCAAGCGGAAUGCACCAUCAAGGGAGCGUGAACCUGCAGGACUACAUCAACAACUAUGCGAAAGCUCAUCCGGCUAAAGCACGCCUCGCCAAUUUCACGGCCGUUGACUGUGCCCUCAGGGGAAAGGCGAGCACCGUGUCGGAGUACAGUGCGAACGCCCCGCCCGAAGCCUACGCCACCCCGGCUGACCAUGCCAAGGUCACAGGCUACGCGGAGGUGUUUGAGCAGGGCGGGAGGAGGCAUGAAGCAUGGUAG